AUGAGAGGCCCACUGCAGCUGCUCAUGGGACUGAUGGUCAUCACUGCCUGCUCUCAGUCUCUCUGUGCGUUACACACUUGCAGUGAGGAGGUGGCUCGUCUGAGGGAACAGGAGGUUCUCCUGAAGGGCCUGCUGCAGAAACAAGAGCUCCUCCUCCACGGAUUACAAUCGCUGAACCAACCUGUCGACAACAACAAAGCGAACCAGACCCAGGACACUGAGAAUGCAGAUUGCUCCCAGCUUUUCACCUCUGGCUUCAAAUCCAGUGGAUUCUACAGAAUCAAUACCAGCAGAGUGUACUGUGAUAUGAGUGAAGGAGGAGGUUGGACUGUCAUUCAGAGACGCAUCAAUGGAAGUGAGACAUUUAACAGGUCCUGGACGGAGUAUAAAGAAGGUUUUGGAGACAUGAACUCAGAAUCAGGAGAGUUUUGGCUUGGAAAUGAAAACCUGCAUCACAUCACUGCACAAGGGAAUUAUUCUUUGAGGAUAAACCUGGAAGACUUUGAUGGUGGCCAGCGCUAUGCUGAGUACAAGAACUUCAAAGUGGCCGAUGAAAAGGAUCACUACCGACUCACUUUUGGAGCCUAUGUAGGAACCGCCGGAGAUGCUCUGAGUGGAAGUUUCCAUGUUGGGGUCUCGGAGUGGGCGAGUCACCAGGGCAUGAAGUUCAGCACCUACGACCAGGAUAAUGACAACUACAAAGGCAACUGUGCCCAGGAAGACAAAGGAGGCUGGUGGUUCAACAAUUGUCACUCAGCUCAUCUUAAUGGCAUCUACUACCCCAGUGGUCACUACAGUGCAGUGACAGAUAAUGGUAUUAUUUGGUACACAUGGAGAGGGUGGUGGUAUUCUAUGAAGACCAGCAUCAUGAAGUUGCGACCAACUGACUUCAAAAUUGACCCCAUUGACGACCCCAAUGCUGUAAAUCCCGGUCCAUCUUAA